AUAUACGCCUUCGUCAUGGAAACUCCAUCGUCCGGCUCAACAACUUCCGUUGAUGUGGAAAAUGGCGACGGCCAGAUUCGCAAACGACUGACAGUCACCUUCCGCAAUCUGAAUAUUCGGGUUACAGCACCAGAUGCUGCAUUGGGAAACACUUUAUGGUCAGAGGUGGACCCGCGACAGUUUGGAGCACUAUUGAAGCGUGGCGACCGCCCAAAAAGAACGAUCCUCAAAGAUGUUGCAGGUCAGGUCAAGCCCGGAGAAAUGCUUCUUGUGCUGGGACGUCCAGGCUCCGGAUGCACCUCACUCCUUCGAGUCCUGUCCAAUGAUCGUGAUAGUUUCGAUGAAGUCACUGGUGAAACCAAAUAUGGAAGCAUGGACCACAUAGCUGCCAAAAAGUUCCGCCAGCAAAUCAUGUUUAACAAUGAAGGCAUGCAACCCUAUCUUGGCAUCUACUGGGCUACAAUGCUAACUAUACUAAUACCAGACGACAUUCACUUCCCAACCCUUACCGUCAACCGUACAAUGAAAUUUGCCCUUCGAAACAAGAUCCCCAACGAGCGGCCAGAGCAUCUGAGAAACCGUAAGGACUUUGUGAAGAACCAUCGUGAUGAGAUCCUGGGGUCCCUUGGAAUAGGACACACGACAAAGACAUUGGUAGGAAACGAGUACAUCCGAGGCGUGUCAGGAGGCGAACGUAAGCGCGUUUCUCUUGCUGAGGUCCUGGCUGGGCAAAGUCCAGUCCAAAUGUGGGACAAUCCGACUCGGGGAUUGGACUCGAAAUCAGCGGUGGAAUUUGCUCGAAUGCUCAGACGCGAGGCGGAUCGACACGACAAGACAAUCAUUACAACUACAUACCAAGCCGGCAAUGGUAUUUAUGAUCAGUUCGACAAGGUUCUUGUUUUAGCUGAAGGUCUUGUCAUUUACUACGGCCCUCGUGGUAUUGCAAGGAAGUACUUUGAAGACCUUGGAUUCAUCUGCCCCAAGGGUGCCAAUAUCGCAGACUUCCUUACUUCAGUCACUGUCCUUACCGAACGCAUAAUCCGGCCCGGCUGGGAAGAGAAUGUUCCCAAUACACCCGAGGACUUCGAAGUCUUUUAUCAGAACAGUCCCGUCUGCAAAGAUCAAAUGAGCGCUAUCGUAGACCCCGAGAAGCUGAGCUAUGAAGCGGAAGACCUUCAGCUGGCAGUAUCCAGUGAGAAGCGCAAACAACAUAUUCCUCGAAACACCAGUGUUUAUACAGCAAAUCUCUGGGACCAGAUUGGCGCUUGUGCUCUCCGCCAGUUUCAAGUUAUCUGGGGCGACAAGCUCUCGCUCUGUGUGAAGAUUGUGUCAGCUAUAAUCCAGGCCCUAGUUUGCGGAAGUUUGUUCUAUGACAUGCCAGAGGAUUCGAGCUCUAUAUUUUUACGUCCUGGUGUUUGCUUUUUCCCGGUGCUAUACUUCCUCCUCGAAAGUCUGUCUGAGACAACUGCUUCUUUUAUGGGCCGGCCAAUUCUUUCUCGUCAGAAGCGAUUCGGAUUUUACCGCCCUACAGCCUUCGCCAUUGCCAACGCUAUCACUGAUAUCCCAGUUGUCAUGUUCCAGGUGACUUGCUUCUCCCUCAUAAUUUACUUUAUGUCUGCUCUUCAGAUGGAUGCAGGCAAGUUUUUCACCUUUUGGAUCAUAGUUAUUGCGCAGACGCUGUGUUUUGUACAACUAUUCCGAGCUAUUGGAGCUAUGUGCAAACAGUUUGGAAAUGCAUCCAAAAUAUCAGGCUUACUGUCCACCGUCUUCUUUGUCUAUGGAGGAUAUAUUAUUCCUUUCUACAAGAUGCAUGUGUGGUUCCGUUGGAUCUUCUACCUCAAUCCGGGAGCAUACGCCUUUGAAGCACUCAUGGCCAACGAGUUUGUUGGACGUAAAUUCAAGUGCAUAGAACCCGACUAUCUUCCAUACGGCGCUGGAUACUCCAACUCAGUGUCUAUUAACCGUGGAUGUUCAGUCCUUGGAAGCGACGACGAAGGUAUGAUUGACGGUGCGAAAUAUAUCUAUGAGCAAUUCAAUUACUCGGUCCAUCACAUCUGGAGAAGCUUUGGCAUUAUCAUAGGAUUUUGGGUUUUCUUCAUCUGCUUAACUUCCUUUGGGCUUGAAUUCCUGAACAGCCAAAGUGGAUCAUCCGUUCUGCUUUACAAGCGUGGCAGCGAGAAGAAUCGUGGAAAGAAAGACGGUGAAAAGUCACUAUCUCCAAAGGAGGUAGAUGCUAGCGCAGUGUUGGGCUCAGUCAAGCAAUCUACCUUCACAUGGAAAGACCUUGACUAUCACGUACCUUUCCACGGCGAGAAGAAACAGCUCUUGAACAAGGUAUUUGGAUUUGUCAGACCUGGAAACCUGGUUGCCCUCAUGGGAGCUUCUGGGGCUGGAAAAACAACAUUGCUGGAUGUGCUGGCUCAGCGCAAGGAUAGCGGAGAGAUCUAUGGAUCAGUUUUGAUUGAUGGCCGCCCAGUUGGAAUCAGCUUUCAACGCACUACGGGCUACUGCGAGCAGAUGGAUGUGCAUCUUGAGACAGCAACCGUCAAGGAGGCAUUGGAAUUUUCGGCCGUUCUUCGCCAGCCAUCGACAAUUCCCUACAAAGAAAAGAUCGCGUACGUCGAACAUAUCAUCGACCUUUUGGAGCUGCGUGAUAUAAGCGAAGCACUCAUCGGAGUGCCUGGAGCUGGACUCAGCAUUGAACAGCGCAAACGUGUGACCCUGGGAGUUGAGCUUGUUGCUAAACCCACAUUGCUGUUUUUGGAUGAACCUACCUCUGGUCUUGAUGGGCAAAGUGCGUUCAACAUUGUGCGUUUCCUUCGCAAACUGGUCGACGGCGGCCAAGCUGUGCUGUGUACAAUUCAUCAACCAUCUGCGGUUCUAUUCGACGCAUUUGACGGCCUUCUCUUGCUAGCCAAGGGCGGGAAAAUGACGUAUUUCGGAGAAACUGGCAAGGACUCAACCACGAUCCUGGACUACUUCGCUCGGAAUGGAGCGCCAUGUCCUUUGGAUGCUAACCCAGCGGAGCACAUUAUUGAUGUUGUUCAAGGAGGUGGUACUACGGACAAAAAGGAUUGGGUCGAAAUCUGGAGCCAGUCGGAAGAGCGCAAGCAAGCCCUCUCCCAACUCGAUGCACUCAAUGAAUCCAGCAGGCAUGGUGCCGACUAUGUUGAAGAUACUGCUGACUACGCCACCUCGCACUGGUUCCAGUUCAAGACGGUGUCGAAGCGCCUCAGCGUUCAUAUCUGGCGCUCACCGGAUUACAUGUGGAACAAGAUUAUUCUCCAUAUUUUUGCGGCGCUUUUUAGUGGAUUCACCUUCUGGAAGAUCGGAGACGGUACUUUCGCGCUUCAGUUGAGACUCUUCGCGAUUUUCAACUUCAUUUUCGUCGCCCCAGGCUGUAUCAAUCAGAUGCAGCCGUUCUUCUUGCAUAGUCGUGAUAUUUUCGAAACCCGAGAGAAAAAGUCCAAAACCUAUCACUGGAGCGCCUUCAUUGGAGCGCAGACUCUGACGGAGAUUCCAUACCUUAUCGUUUGCGCCACUCUCUACUUUGCAUGCUGGUACUUCACAGCAGGUCUUCCAGUGGAAGCCAGUGUUUCCGGGCAUGUCUAUCUUCAGAUGAUUUUCUAUGAGCUCCUAUACACCUCCAUUGGCCAGGCAAUUGCGGCAUACGCACCGAACGAGUAUUUUGCGGCUGUGAUGAACCCCGUCUUGAUCGGUGCCGGCCUGAUCAGUUUCUGCGGCGUGGUGGUUCCCUACGCCCUCAUGCAGCCAUUUUGGCGAUACUGGAUUUACUACCUGGACCCUUUCCACUACUUGGUCGGUGGCCUGUUUGGUGAAGUGAUCUGGGAUGUCAAGGUCAAGUGCGAACCAUCCGAGUUUGUGAAGUUUACCGCACCGUCUGGUCAGACCUGUGGCGAAUACAUGGCCGAUUUCCUCGCCACACAAAGUGGUUACCUAGCCGAUGGGAACUCAACAGGGACAUGUUCAUUCUGCCCGUAUUCUGAAGGUUCUGAUUACGCGAAAACAUUCAAUCUUCAAGAGAAAUAUUAUUCGUGGAGAGAUACUGGUAUCACUGCCCUGUUCUGUCUCUCGUCAUAUGCCUUGGUGUUCUUGAUGAUGAAGCUCAGGAGCAAGAAGACGAAGAGUGCCCGCUCUGAGUGA